AUGAGAGACAAUCUUACAGGAAUACAAAAUACAAGUAUAUCAAUAUCAAGAUGUGAUACAGAUUCUGAUACAGCAAAAAAUUUUGCUUCUUUUUCCAGUAACUCAGUUUCUGUUCAAUUAGAAGAUGAAUACGAAAAAAAAGAUUGUUCUUUUAUGGAAAUAAUUAAAUUAUUGAUUGCACUUUUAUGUUUAUCCAUAUCAGCAUUUUCAAAUUUUUUCUUACUAACACUUAUUCAUGAUAUUGUACCAAGGAAACCUUUACCUGAUUUAGUUUUUAUAUUAAUACCUCAACAAAAAUGGGCAUGGCCUGUUGGAGAUGUCUUGUCAACUGUUAAUUCUGUAAUUGGUUUUGUCAUUGUUUUGUUACACCGUCAACGAAUAACAAUAAUACGAAGAAUAUUUAUUCUUGGUGCUAUAAUGUAUGGUCUUAGGGCUGUUGUUAUGGCAGUAACUUAUCUUCCACCCUCAUUUAAUAAUCGAGAUGAAAUUUGUGAACCACAGGUAAAUAGAACUGAUAUUCAUUGGGAUGAUGUUAUGAAAAGAUUUGUUACAUAUGUUGUUACACUUGGAUUAACAUCAGGACAAGAAAAAAUUCUUUGUGGUGAUUUAAUGUUUUCUGGUCAUACAAUUGUUUUAUCAAUAAUGUAUUUUACAACAUUAAAAUAUACACCAAGAAAAUUAACAUUUCUUCGAUAUAUUGUAACACCAAUCACAUUUUGUGGUAUGGCAGCAUUAGUUGUUAGUGGAGGCCAUUAUUCAAUGGAUGUUUUAAUAGCUUAUUGGAUAUCAAGUCAUGUAUUUUGGGGAUAUCAUCAAAUUUUUGAGUUACCCUUACAUAUGAGAAAAAAUCAAAAUUUAUCAAGAUUAUGGUGGUUUAAUUUAGCUUAUUGGUUUGAAACAAGUGUACCAUCUGGACCAAUAAAAAAUAUUUGGAAUUGGCCAUUAGCAAAACCUAUAUUUAUGAAGAAAUUUAUAGAAAGGUGCAAUAAAAAUUUGAAAUAA